GGGACGUAUGCCACCGUUUUCAAGGGGCGGAGCAAACUGACGGAUAACCUGGUAGCUCUGAAAGAGAUCCGGUUGGAGCACGAGGAGGGCGCUCCAUGCACGGCGAUUAGAGAGGUGUCAUUAUUGAAGGAUUUAAAGCACGCCAACAUCGUCACGCUUCAUGAUAUUGUCCACACGGACAAAUCCCUCACUCUGGUUUUUGAGUACCUGGAUAAGGAUCUGAAGCAGUACAUGGAUGAUUGUGGAAACAUCAUGAGCAUGCACAACGUUAAGAUUUUCCUGUUCCAGAUCUUGAGAGGACUGGCGUACUGCCACAAACGAAAGGUUCUGCACCGGGACCUGAAACCACAGAACCUGCUCAUCAAUGAAAGGGGUGAACUCAAACUGGCCGACUUUG